GUUUUAACGGUUGCACGAGAAGAAAGUGUGUCGAGAGAAAAAAGGGAUUCAUAAGUCUAGUGGCCUUCUUUUAAAAGAAGCAUAUCAUACUGUGUUUUGUUAAGGGCUUUCUUCCUAAGCAUGGAGUGGAAAACUCCAUUCAUUUCUGAAAAGUUCCACGUUCGUUUUGGAAGGCACCCAAGCCCAGCUGACAGUGGGGACACAGGAUUGGGUACAACACUGUCGGACAGUGCUGAAGAUUUUUCUGCAUCCAGUGGAAGUUCCGGAUUUCAGCCCAUCCGGAACCAAGUCACCAUCCCCACAGCUCAUGUGAUUCCAUCUACUGCAGGCAUGUCUCCUUCUAGACCGAAUAUGGUUAGGGAGCCUUUGGCUUUAAAGCAGAUGAAUUGGGCAACAUCAGAGAAUCCAGACUUAAAAGCUGGAUUCAAGUCUAAAACUGAGAUUUCUGUGCCCCAAGUAAGCAGUACUGCUAAUGGAAUUGUAACUAACUUGCAUUCAUUACCUGUGGAACUGCCUAAUCCUCAUACAAUGGUACUGACCAGGCUUGAUCAUUCACUGUUUUCUAAUGCUGAAUUUCUUAACCCAGAUGAUAGCCGAAAAUUUGACAUGCCUGCCAUUGAGCCAACAUUGAACCAGUCUGCAAUGCAGGACACUUUUUAUGCCGAUCCUAGAAUCGAACUUGCCAAACAAGGAGUUGCUGCUGAAAUGGGUAAAGAAACCCAUUUUUCAGUGGACUCUACAUACGAAACACUCUUGGAACGAAAAAACAAUACUUCUGGAAAUCACUGUGAGUCACAAAAUGGAAUAAAACCCACCGGCUCUACAUCUUCAGGAGUUUUGUUGGGUGGCAUAAAUGCACAAUCUCAAAUGUGGUUAAAGGAGCAGAUGAGCAGUAAAGGUUUCAAUGUUGGGUUACCGCAGCACUCGUGUGGCCUUCUUGCAUGGCAGCAAAAACAGGAUUUUGACAGCCUCCGUUUGCAGAUGGAGCAAAUGCAGCUCCUAAAUGGAGGUACUCCUAAAUACCCUACAAUAUAUCAGCCAAAUUUACCCCAGGACACCAGUAAGUGGGAUACAUUAAUCAAAGCCAAUGAAAACCUGUUGAAAGAAAAGGAGAUGGUCAUUGAGCAACAAAAACAACUGAUCUUUCAGCUUGAACAUAAGAUGAGAGAAAGUGAGCUUCGGGUACAGAACACUCUUAUUGGUAGAAAUUCCUCAUAUAAUGAUAUCUACUUGUUUCGACUACAGGAAGCACAAAGAGAAAAUACUUUCUUAAGAGCUCAGUUUGCUGAGAGGAUAGAUUGCUUUAACAAGGAGAGAUCUGAAACGGAACAGAAGUUGGCUUCUGCUGAGGCAGAGGUUCGAAGGUUAAAUGGUUCUCUUAAGGAAUGUACACAGAAACAUACAGAAGAAAUGAAGAAACAGGAGGACCGGAUUCGGGGAAGAGAUAAGCACAUCAAUGGAUUGAAGAAAAAGUGCCAAAAAGAAUCUGAACAAAACCGGGAGAAGCAGCAGAGAAUUGAGACUCUUGAAAGGUACCUGGCAGACCUGCCAACUCUGGAGGACUACAAGAAACAAAGUAGUGAGCUUAAAGAUCUGGAACAUAGAUGCAGCUUGUUGCAAGAUACAGUAUCUGAUCUGGAGACUAAAUUGUUAGAGGCUCGUACCAAGUGUAGAGAAAAGGAAUCCCAGCUAGAAACAUUAAAAGAAAAGGAAAGUGAACUUCUAACAACUGUGCACAGUUUACAAGAUAAGGUGAAGCAGUGCUUGGAGGAUGCUGCUAAUUUGCCCUUGACUGACUUGGAUAAGCUAAAACAUGAAAACCAUUCUUUCAAAGAAGAACUCGAACGGGCUAAAAAGAUGAUAGAAAAGCAGCAGAAGAAAAUGGAGCAGGUUAUAUCGAAAAUAAGGAUGUUAGAGGACCAAUUAGCUAAUGAAGAAGGAACAAGUAAUGCUUUAAGAGAGGAAAUUAUGAUGAAGGAGAAUAAUAUACAGCAGCUCCGUUUUGCUAUGAGAGAGCUUUCAGCUCGGAACCAGGAGCUGAUAGAAAAGAAUCUCAUACUUCAGGAAACAAUUGGACAUUCAGAAUCUAAACCACAGCUCCCAGAGAUGGCACAACUAACCAGGAAACUGCAUAGUGAGAUGUCCUCCUGCCUGCGUGAGCUGCAGUCACUCUGCAACAUUCUAAAUCAAAGAUCUCAAGGCAGAGAUCCCAACCUCUCCCUGCUGCUUGGAAUUAGAUCUACGCAGUAUCCUAUGGAUGAUCAGGAUGACUGGCAAAAUGUAGAUGUUCUCUCCAAGAAGUUGUCGGAUAUUCAGCAUCUCCGAAAUGAAGUGGAGGAGCUAAGAACUACUAUAUCAGACCGAUAUGCACAAGACAUGGGUGACAACUGUAUCGCACAAUAACGCCUGUGAUUAUUUGCCAGUUUGAUGUUGCAAAUGUAUAUAAUAUAUACAGAACAGGUUCUUGUCAGAAACAUUUGCAAAAAAAAAGUUAUUUAAUCCAUAUGAAGGCCUUUAACUUUAAAGACACAAACCAGUCCUUUCCCUGCUUCUAUUAAUGAAGUUUCCAUAACUUGGUCUGUAGCACCAAUUGAAGAAAUGAAACUACCAUCUUUGCAAAAGGCCACUUAAAGAAGAAAUCUUGAUGUAUGAGACCAACCCACACCCUGCAGUUAAAACACACCUUUUGUUUUAUGAACUACUGAGAUGCUUUCCCUUUUGGAGAGUCUAAAUUAUUUUAUUUUUAUUUUUUUUUUUUUUUGUGGUUGAUAAUCAACUGAAAUUCUAAACCUUAAGAGUGUACGGUAUAUUCAGUUUGAAUUGCCAUGCUUGGUAAUCUGACUUUAGCAUAAUUCAUUUGGAAAAAAUGCACUGUAUUUGGCUGGCUGAAUGUGGGUUGUUUUUUUUUUUUUUUAAAUCAAGUGCUCCUUGUUAUGGAUGUCUGAGUAUGCUCCUGCAGCUAUGCAAGCAUUUUAAUUUUCUAAUGUGCUGUUUGUUUUAACCCCCAAUUCCUCCCACCCUUCCUCUUUAGACUUGCAAUUUAAACUUAAGGUUAAACUAAUAACCUGUUGGCAUCUCUGCAUCACCACAGUAUUUAAAUCUGGUUGGAAGAAUACACUUCAGUGUCCUAUUUUAAAGUUGUAGUCAUGGAAUCAGUGAGGAGAAACCUAAAUUAUAUAUAUAAUUUUUUUUUUUUUUUUGCUUUUUGUUAUUGGCUAUAUCCGUGUGUUUUAUCAUUUUGAUACAUUCCAGAUAAUACCUUUUUUAAUCAAAUUGUUUACAUUCCAUAUCAUUGUUUUGAGAUUUAAAUGCAAUAGGAUUUUUUUUUCUCUCUAUGCUAGAGUUGAUGGGGAGAAAUAGUUGAUUACUGUAGAGCUAUCAAUCUUCAUUUUCCCACCCUCCAUAACACUCUGAUUCCAUUGCGUAGGAUGGUGGUGGUAAAACUUCAUCUUGGAGGGGGGUGUGUGUGCGCAUGUCCAUAUUUUAUUUUGUAUCUUUUUGGAAGUGUAGGAUUACCAAACAUGGAAGAGAAUAUCCAGUGAUAAAGCAUGUAAAAAUUUUUUUUUUCCCCUCCUUAUAAAGAAAUCUAUGCAAGAACCUUUUCAGAUUUAAUUAACAUCUGAACAGUAAAAAUCACAUUAGUUUGUCAAUCAAACCUGAAUGUAUGAAGAUGGUAGAAUGUCUGUCUCUUAAAGCCGGUUUGUUUGGUGGGUUGUCUACCUUUGGUGACCUUGUUGAUAAUGUACAUGUAUGUGUUGAUUUUAAACACCUACAAACUGCUUGGGUGUUUUUACUGAUUUGUUUGUUGGCGCCACACUUUGAUUCACAGCUAUAGAUACUGUACCUUUUUUAUUUACCAGGCCUGGAUCGAUUUCUGCUAUUAACACUAGGUGAUGUGAAGCUUUCAAUGUACUAAUCUGUCUGAAAACACUAUUACAGAAUUUUUUAUGGAUUAAAGAAACAGUCCUUCAGACCAGUUACUCUGCUGUAUGCAGUUACCAUUCUUCAGGGUAUACUUUACUGAAAUCCGUUUUGUACCAAAUGGUGAACGGUUUAGAAUAUUUGUACUUUCAAUAUAAAAUUUUAAAUCCACCAUCCCUGCCUUUUGAACUAAAGCAAAAAUUUAGUUUUUUCAUAUUUUCUUUAUAUUUAAAUAGAAAUGUAUUUAUAUGCAAAAGAUUUAUUUUGCAAACUAAUUGUAAAUAACUUUGAAAUAAAAUUGUUUUGGUAAUAA